AGCGCGUUCCGCUUGGAAAUAGCUCCGUUGAUAAACUCGCCAGAAGGACCAGGGAGAAAAUAAACUCCAAGAUGCAGGAAAUCCCAUGACUUUGCCAGCGAGCAGAUGUGUUUGGAUCAUUCUCAGUGCGUUUGGAGAAAUAUUUCAUCCGGCUGAAGAUUCUGUCGUACCGGGGAAAAGAGCAUCUUGCCAUUUCGUUCUGACCUGCCGUAGUCCAGGUUUGGCCGUUUUCUCCAAAGUAGGAGGAUGCGCUCUCCGUCUGGCCUCUCUUUCCGGGACUUAAAAGGGGUCAGGGGUAUUUUAGCCUCCUUUUGCACUUAGCGGCGAGGCUGCCGAAGCGCUUAGAUUAAGCCGCGUUUGAUCCUGGUCAGGAUUUGGGCAGAGCGGCAAGGAAGGCGCUGUGGUCAGUAGCCUCGCCAGCCGAGCAGGUAGGAUGAAGAAACGGUUCAGGAUUAAGCUGAUCAGUGGCGGUUCUAUUGUAAGCGCCGAGGCAGUAUGGGAUCACGUCACCAUGGCCAACCGGGAGUUGGCGUUUAAAGCAGGAGACGUCAUCAAGGUCCUGGAUGCCUCCAACAAGGACUGGUGGUGGGGACAGAUCGACGACGAGGAGGGAUGGUUCCCCGCCAGCUUCGUAAGACUAUGGGUCAACCAAGAAGAUGGAGUUGAGGAAGGCCCGAGCGAAGUUCAGAAUGGGCACUUGGACCCCAGCGCUGCAGACUGCCUUUGCCUGGGCAGGACCCUCCAGAACCGGGACCAGAUGAGAGCUAACGUCAUCAACGAAAUCAUGAGCACCGAGCGCCACUAUAUCAAGCAUCUGAAGGACAUUUGCGAGGGUUACUUGAAGCAAUGUCGGAAGAGGCGGGACAUGUUCAGCGAUGACCAGUUGAAGAUCAUCUUUGGCAACAUUGAGGACAUCUACCGGUUCCAGAUGGGCUUUGUGAGGGACUUGGAGAAGCAGUACAACAAUGAGGACCCGCAUCUCAGCGAAAUCGGACCGUGUUUCCUGGAGCAUCAAGAUGGCUUUUGGAUCUAUUCCGAGUACUGUAACAACCACUUGGACGCCUGCAUGGAGCUCUCCAAGCUGAUGAAAGAUGGCAGGUACCAGCACUUCUUCGAAGCGUGCCGUCUCCUGCAGCAGAUGAUUGACAUUGCCAUUGACGGGUUCCUUCUGACACCGGUGCAGAAGAUCUGCAAGUACCCCCUGCAGCUGGCAGAACUGCUCAAGUACACGGCCCAGGACCACAGUGACUACAGGUAUGUGGCUGCAGCCCUUGCCGUCAUGAGGAAUGUGACCCAGCAGAUCAACGAGAGGAAACGCAGACUGGAAAACAUCGACAAGAUUGCUCAGUGGCAGGCCUCAGUCCUGGAUUGGGAGGGGGAUGACAUCUUGGACCGCAGUUCCGAGCUGAUCUACACCGGGGAAAUGUCCUGGAUUUAUCAGCCCUACGGACGAAGCCAGCAGCGCGUGUUCUUCCUCUUUGAUCACCAGAUGGUUCUCUGCAAAAAGGAUCUGAUAAGAAGAGAUAUCCUCUACUACAAAGGGCGCAUUGACAUGGAUAGGUAUGAGUUUGUGGAUAUCGAAGACGGGAGGGAUGACGACUUCAACGUGAGCAUGAAGAACGCCUUCAAACUUCACAACAAGGAGACAGAGGAGAUGCACUUAUUUUUUGCCAAGAAGCUGGAGGAGAAACUGAGGUGGCUGAGAGCUUUCCGGGAGGAGCGGAAGAUGGUGCAAGAAGAUGAAAAGAUAGGUUUUGAGAUUUCUGAGAAUCAGAAGCGGCAAGCGGCCAUGACAGUAAGGAAAGUCAGUAAGCAAAAAGGUGUCGGCUAUUCUCGAUCUGUUCCUCCCGCUUACCCGCCACCCCAGGAUCCGCUAAAUCAGGGACAAUACUUGGUGACCGACGGCAUAGCCCCGACCCAGGUCUACGAAUUCGCCGAACCCAAACGCAGCCAGUCCCCAUUCUGGCAAAACUUCAGCAGGUUAACGCCAUUCAAAAAAUAAUAUAUAGAGUGAAGUGAAGAGUUUUAAAGAAAAAAAAGUUUUAAAAAAAUAUUAAAAAAUGAUAAAAAUUAUAUUUAUAGAUGGACCUUUUUUGGAAAAGCACUGUUGCAACUUAAAAUCAUAUAUAUAUAUACAUACAUAUAUAUAUAUAUAGUCUCUGAAGGACCAAAAAUGUUUUUGCUGUUGUUAUUUUGGGGUAAUAAUAAUCCCUGCUAUUAUGUCCCCAGAAGCACCAAGUACUUCUGAUAUGUAACCUAUUUUAUUUGGGCGCCAUUGGAGUCACCGUUUGUUGUUAUGGCUCUUGUUUUCUUUUCUUUUAUACCUUGUGUUGUGUCUUGGAGUCGUCUCCCUCCUGCCAUGAUUUCUUGUUCGCCGCACGUCCCCACCUCUGACAUGUUCCAUACGGAUGUAUAUUUCCUUUCUGAGUUUUAUUUAUGGAUUGCCUUCACUUCGAAAGGGGAUGGGAACCAGGACGGAAAAGGCGGCGCUCUUUUCCUUCCGUCUCAUUCCUCUGACCUGUCAUGGAUGCAAAACUCCAGGGAUCUCGUCCUGUUCCGCUGGGCAUGGGGUUUCAUUGAUUCCGAUGGAAUGAGCUCCGAGGAUUGGCUAGGGCGAAUGCAACACUGAAUGUGCUGAGUUCUGUUUCUUUUUCGUGCUACGUUUUUGUUCCUCCCGCAUCCCGUUCCAUUUUGCAUCCAUGCUCCCCAGCGCACUGUUCAAUGAAUAGCCUGCUCAGGUCUCCGAUGGCUCUAAUUGUUGCUAUACAGCAGUGGUUCCCAAACUUAUUUGGCCUGCCGCCCCAUUUCCAGAAUAAAAUAUGACUUAGCACCCCCUGGAAAGGGGGGCGUGGCUUAGAGGGGGUGUGGAUUAGAGGGGUGGGCGUGGCUCCUGCUCAAGAGGGCGGGGCUGAGCCUCUCCCCUAGUCCAAGAGGCAGGGCUGGGAGGGGGAGGUGGGCGGGGCCAAUAAUGGGCAGGCAGGACUGGGAUGGGCGGAGUUACGAGCACUGAGACAGGGCUGAGCUUCUAUCCAUUUCCUGGACACAGGAGGCAGGGCUAAAGAGGGGGCGGGGCCUCUUUCCAAGUGCCUGACAGGGCUGAACCUCUAUACCCCACCCCUGUGUUCUAACAAGCACCUCAGGAGAGGUAUAGAGGCUCAGUCCUAUCUCGGGCUCUUGGGAAGAGGCCCCGCCCCCACCCCAGCCCCGCCCUUUAGUCCCAAAAGGUCUCUCAGGAGAGGUAUAGAGGCUCAGUCCUAUCUCGUGCUCUUGGGAAGAGGCCCCGCCCCCACCCCAGCCCCGCCCUUUAGUCCUAAAAGGUCUCUCAGGAGAGGUAUAGAGGCUCAGUCCUAUCUCGUGCUCUUGGGAAGAGGCCCCGCCCCCACCCCAGCCCCGCCCUUUAGUCCUAAAAGGUCUCUCAGGAGAGGUAUAGAGGCUCAGCCCUGUCUCGGGCUCUUGGGAAGAGGCCCCAACCCCACCCCAGCCCCGCCCUUUAGUCCUAAAAGUUCUCUCAGGAGAGGUAUAGAGGCUCAGCCCUGUCUCGGGCUUUUAAGAAGAGGCCCCGCCCCCACCCCAGCCCCGCCCUUUAGUCCCAAAAGGUCUCUCAGGAGAGGUAUAGAGGCUCAGCCCUGUCUCAGGCACUUGGGAAGAGGCCCCGCCCCCGCCCCAGCCCCACCCUUUAGUCCUAAAAGGCCUUUCAGGAGAGAUAUAGAGGCUCAGCCCUGUCUCGGGCUUUUAAGAAGAAGCCCCACCCCCACCCCAGCCCCACUCCUAACAGACCUCACAGGAGAAAUAUAGAGGCUCAGCCCUAUCUCGUGAUCUUGGGAAGAGGCCCCGCCCCCACCCCAGCCCCGCCCUUUAGUCCCAAAAGGUCUCUCAGGAGAGGUAUAGAGGCUCAGUCCUAUCUCGGGCUCUUGGGAAGAGGCCCCGCCCCCACCCCAGCCCCGCCCUUUAGUCCCAAAAGGUCUCUCAGGAGAGGUAUAGAGGCUCAGCCUUGUCUCAUGCUCUUGGGAAGAGGCCCCGCCCCCGCCCCAGCCCCACCCUUUAGUCCUAAAAGGCCUUUCAGGAGAGAUAUAGAGGCUCAGCCCUGUCUCGGGCUUUUAAGAAGAAGCCCCACCCCCACCCCAGCCCCACUCCUAACAGACCUCACAGGAGAAAUAUAGAGGCUCAGCCCUAUCUCGUGAUCUUGGGAAGAGGCCCCGCCCCCACCCCAGCCCCGCCCUUUAGUCCCAAAAGGUCUCUCAGGAGAGGUAUAGAGGCUCAGUCCUAUCUCGGGCUCUUGGGAAGAGGCCCCGCCCCCACCCCAGCCCCGCCCUUUAGUCCCAAAAGGUCUCUCAGGAGAGGUAUAGAGGCUCAGCCUUGUCUCAUGCUCUUGGGAAGAGGCCCCGCCCCCGCCCCAGCCCCACCCUUUAGUCCUAAAAGGCCUUUCAGGAGAGAUAUAGAGGCUCAGCCCUGUCUCGGGCUUUUAAGAAGAAGCCCCACCCCCACCCCAGCCCCACUCCUAACAGACCUCACAGGAGAAAUAUAGAGGCUCAGCCCUAUCUCGUGAUCUUGGGAAGAGGCCCCGCCCCCACCCCAGCCCCGCCCUUUAGUCCCAAAAGGUCUCUCAGGAGAGGUAUACAGGCUCAGUCCUAUCUCGGGCUCUUGGGAAGAGGCCCCGCCCCCACCCCAGCCCCGCCCUUUAGUCCCAAAAGGUCUCUCAGGAGAGGUAUAGAGGCUCAGCCCUGUCUCAUGCUCUUGGGAAGAGGCCCCGCCCCCGCCCCAGCCCCACCCUUUAGUCCUAAAAGGCCUUUCAGGAGAGAUAUAGAGGCUCAGCCCUGUCUCGGGCUUUUAAGAAGAAGCCCCACCCCCACCCCAGCCCCACUCCUAACAGACCUCACAGGAGAAAUAUAGAGGCUCAGCCCUAUCUCGUGAUCUUGGGAAGAGGCCCCGCCCCCACCCCAGCCCCGCCCUUUAGUCCCAAAAGGUCUCUCAGGAGAAGUAUAGAGGCUCAGCCCUGUCUCAGGCACUUGGGAAGAGGCCCCGCCCCCACCCCAGCCCCACUCCUAACAGACCUCACAGGAGAAAUAUAGAGGCUCAGUCCUAUCUCGGGCUCUUGGGAAGAGGCCCCGCCCCCGCCCCAGCCCCGCCCUUUAGUCCUAAAAGGCCUUUCAGGAGAGAGAUAGAGGCUCAGCCCUGUCUCGGGCUCUUGGGAAUCACUGCUAUACAGGGACGCAUGGCUUUUCCACUCUGCAUCCUCCAUUCUGCUCCUUUCCUUGGGGUUGCAAAGCAGAAAUGCUGGGUGGCUUAUGUUCCAGGUAGGGAUAGUAUUAGAGAAAAUGGGAUGUAAUGCAAGGAAACCUGUUUCUUUGGCUGCUCUCGCUGCAUUCAUUUUACCAGUGCUUUCUUUCUUUCUUAAUAUGUGGUUGGAAUAUAACCUUUAUUUUUAAAAA